AUGACCUGCCUUUCAGCGCCCCAGUCUGCGGUGUUCCUUUCGGCGCCCGGCGCCGAGGAAGGCGCCUGCUACGACGCCCACCCGAGGUAUUGGUCGCACCUGCAAUCCGUUUCGCCCAAUUCGCGCGCCCAUUGCAUCUACCACUGCAAAGUCAAUGGGUUCCUGUAUGCAGGCACUGAAUAUGGAUCCUACUGUACAUGUGGAAGCGAAAUUUACAACUUUAGGGCUGCAACAUGCGACACGCCCUGCAGUGGGAAUCCGUGCCAGAUAUGUGGUGGGUAUUUGACGUUCAACUUCUAUACGAUCCCAGACACAUGGGAUAAAACGCCUCCAGCUGAUGAUCAGUGCACGCUUACAACAACCACUCUAUUUACAACAACAACAACUCCACCGGCGACAACCACAACCACUCCACCUCAAUCGACCACCAGUCCACCUCAAUCGACCACCAGUCCACCUCAAUCGACCACCAGUCCACCUCAAUCGACCACCAGUCCACCUCAGUCGACCACCAGUCCACCUCAGUCGACCACCAGUCCACCUCAAUCGACCACCAGUCCACCUCAGUCGACCACCAGUCCACCUCAAUCGACCACCAGUCCACCAGCGUCAACGACAAUAACAAAUUUCCUUCAAGUCAUGCCAAAAAAUACACAAACAGUAUCGACCACAGUUAAUGAACUAGAAACAACCACAGCUGCUCAACCACCAAUAAUUACAAUCAUUCCAUCAACAACUGCAACUACGCCCUCAAUAUCAACCACGUCUUCGCAAGUAGCAUCUACAACUCCCUCAUCACAAACUACCACAGUUACUCAACCAGGAACAACCACAAUCACUCAGCCUGGAAAAACCACUCAGCCAGGAACAACCAUAACCAUUCAACCAGAAAACACAACCAUUCAACCAGGAACAACUACAACCACUCAGUCAAGAAUCACAACGACUCAGCUAGGAACAACCACAACCACUCAACCAGGAACAACCACAACCACUCAACCAGUAACAACUACAGUCACUCAACCAGUAAUAACUACAACCACUCAACCAGUAACAACUACAACCAUUCAACCAGGAACAACUACAACCACUCAACCAAUAACAACUACAACCACUCAACCAGUAACAACUACAACCACUCAACCAGUGACAACUACUCAACCAGUGACAACUACAACCACUCAACCAGUGACAACUACAACCGAACAACUACAACCACUGAGCCAGGAAUUACAACCACUCAACCAGGAACAACCACAACAACUGAGCCAGGAACAACAACCACUCAACCAGGAACAACCACAACCACUCAACCAUAACAACUACAACUACUCAACCAGUAAUAACCACAACCACUCAACCAGGAACAACCACAACCUCUCAGCCAGGAACUACAACCACUCAACCAGGAACAACCACAACCACUCGACCAGGAACAGCUGCAACCACGAAGCCCACAACCAUUUCAGAACCAACAACAUUUGCUUUAGAAUUAAUAACCUCGUCCAUUUCGGAAUCAACAACCUCAUCUACUUCAGAGUCAACAACCUCAUCUACUUCAGAAUCAGCAACCACAGCCGCGUUUAUUUCACAAUCAACAACCACAACAAUCACGUCCACUUCAACUCCAUCAACGAACCACACAACAACAGCCACCAAUAG